AUGCCUUCCAAGUUGGUCACACUUGUGCUAAGAAAGAACAAGUUUCGCUUGGGAAUCCAGACUGCAUUAGGCUCCUGCUAUCAGCUCCAGAAGCUGGACAUUUCAUUGAAUGGAUUUGUAGGGCCAUUUUUGUCAUCAUGGUUGUCACUGCCUUCCAUUAAAUAUCUUGACAUUGCUGGAAAUAAACUCACUGGACUUCUCUAUAAGAACAUGACUUGCAAUUCUGAGCUUGCUUUUGUCAAUUUAUCCUCAAAUCUUUUGUCAGGGGAUUUUCCCACUUGUCUGAAAAGGGAUUCUAACAGCAGGGUUGUUCUGUAUUCUGGGAAUUGUUUAGUAAAUGAAGAUCAGAAGCAGCACCCUUCUUACUUGUGCCACAAUGAAGCUCUGGCUGUGCGAAUACCACCUCCUAGUGAGGAAAAGCAUAGGAGAACUUAUGGUAAACACGUUGUUGCAUCAAGUGCAGUGGGAGGUAUUGUGGGUGCAAUUGCAGUUGUUGGUUUAGCUUUCAUGGCUGCUAAGAAGUUUUAUAGUGAGCACACUACUAAAACUCCCCAAACAAGGUAA